AUGCACAGCUCUAAAAACAUUAUAAUCUUCCCUGAAGCAGAAGGGUGGCCAUUUCCAAAAUACUUGGGGUCUUGUGGCCGGCUAAUAGUCAGUACCAGCACCAGACCUUUGAAGGAAUGUUAUAGUGUAUCUCCUGAUAUGGCAGCAGACCUAGCUCUCCAGCUUCUUGCUAUCAUUAGUUCCAUGAUGAAUAAUGAUCUGAACUACUUCUUCUUCUUCACCUAUGUUGAUGCUAACACAUUUGGUGUUUUCAACAAUGGGUAUCUGUUCGUCCGGGAUGCCAGUAGACUAGGAAUUAUUGACAUGCAAGAAGGAACCUCGUUGAUGGAAGACCAGCAGGAACAUUAUGACAUAUUCAGCUGCUUAGCUGUGGACUGUCAGUCUGUGUUUCCCUCCUGUAAUUCCAUUAAGCACACUCAGAGCCUCAUCAUGGUGUGUGAGAAAAUUCUGCCUGAACUCUUAAAGGAAAAAUUCUUGCCUUAUGUUCAAGAGGAGAUUGACAGUGCUUUGGCCAUUUGUGCGGACAGUUUCUUAGCUCAACAAAAAGUCAUCUCUGCAGCUCAGAAGCUGGCAGAGAUUUUGAAGCCUCUGCGGCCUUGCCACUCUCAUUUUGCCUACCGCUAUCCUGAUUGCAAAUAUGAUGCCAAAUGGUAA